AUGCAGGACGCUUCACGGGAACAGCAACAACAGCAACAGCAGCAGGAGGCACGGCAAGCCAUGGACAAGAUGUCGUCGAUCCUCAAUACAGGGCUUGACAGGGAGACACUCUCGGUGUGUGUGUCCCUCUGCGAGUCCGGCGUCAACCCUGAGGCCUUGGCAGUAACGCUGUCAUCAAGGAACUUCGACGAGAGAGUGCCUCCACGCGAGUAA